CACGGAGCCCGCGGGUAGGGGAGCUCCCUCUAGGUGUAGCAGUUGGGGUUUGGGAAGGGGGGCGGGCUAGGCGCAUCCCCGCAAAGAGGGGACCCAGGUCUCCUGUCUCUCUUCGUGGCGCCCCCUUCCCCCGAGUUAAACCGGGGGUGGGGAGCUGCAGCCUUUGCGUGCGGCUGUAGGCGCUGCUCACAGUCUGGAGCGUUGUGUUUGUGCACGAAGCCCAGUCCCUGGAAUAGCAGAAGGGCUCCCGGGACAGGUGAAAGUGGUUAUGCCAGUUGUUCUUUGACAGUCCCAAGAAUUGGUGUCAGCAACAACAACUUCACAGACCCAGCUGCCUUGUGACCUUUGGGCCAGCCACUUAACGAAAACCACAAACACAGCUCAGACUUCCUCUGAGUGGGCGACUUUGACAAGAUCUGGCGUGAACACUGUGAGGAUGAGGAAACUCUUUGUGAAUAUGCUGUGGCAAUGAAAAACCUUGCAGAUAAUCACUGGACAAAAUCUUGUGAAGGGGAAGGUCGAAUUGAAUGGUGUAGCAGUGUGUGCCGAGAAUAUUUUCAAAAUGGCGGAAAGAGAAAAGCUCUUGAAAAAGAUGAGAAAAGAGCAGAUGUUGCAUCUAAGACCACUUCAGCCUUAAAUGUUCUCCAGACUCCUAAAAUUGAAGAACCCUUACCCAACUUCAGCUUUACAAAUCAUGAAACUAUAUCAGAGGAGUUGCUUCCCCCCUCAGGAAAAAUUAGAUUACUUGAUGUUGGCAGCUGCUUUAAUCCAUUUCUGAAGUUUGAAGAAUUCUUGACUGUCGGCAUAGACAUUGUCCCAGCUGUUGAGAGUGUAUACAAAUGUGACUUUUUAAACCUUCAAAUUCAGCAACCUCUCCAGCUUGCGCAAGAUGCUAUAGAUGCCUUUCUUAAACAGCUGAAAAAUCCCAUUGAUUCUCUACCUGGAGAACUCUUCCAUGUCGUGGUUUUCUCACUUCUCCUUUCUUACUUUCCAUCACCUUAUCAACGGUGGAUAUGCUGCAAGAAGGCCCAUGAACUUCUGGUGCUGAAUGGCUUGUUGCUUAUAAUCACUCCUGACUCUUCCCACCAGAAUCGCCAUGCUAUGAUGAUGAAAAGCUGGAAAAUUGCCAUAGAAUCCCUGGGCUUUAAGCGUUUCAAGUAUUCAAAGUUUUCUCACAUGCACCUGAUGGCAUUUAGGAAAAUCUCCCUGAAAACUAAAAGUGACUUAGUUAGCAGGAACUACCCAGGGAUGCUGUAUAUUCCACAGGAUUUCAACAGUGUAGAAGAUGAGGAAUAUUCUAACUCUUCCUGCUACGUCCGAUCAGAUAUUGAAGACGAACAGCUAGCUUACAGCUUCAUGGAGCUUCCUGAUGCCCCUUACGAUUCAGACUCUGGAGAAAGCCAGGCUAGCUCAGUCCCUUUCUAUGAGCUAGAAGAUCCUAUAUUACUUUCAAGUUAAUGUAAUAGUUAAAAUGCCCUUUAAGUCCAAACUUCUUUAUUGCUUAACAAAUUUUUGCUAUACUAACAUGGGCUUGUUACUUAAAAAUGGUUUGCAUAGAGAAAAUGCAAAGGUUUACAGAGUUUGCUAUUUUUUUCUACUUCUGAAUUUUAAAAUUUAUUCUUGUACAAAAAGUGAAGAAUACACAUUUUAUGCAAAAUGACUCAUGUCGUAGCAUAAAUUGCUGUUACUUUCUUUAGGACUUUUCAGAAAGGUACCAUUCUUUUCUUCAGUGCUGUGAAGUGUGAAUUCUACUUAAUUUUGCUAAAUGUCUUGUUUCAAUAUGUUUAAUUCUUAAUAUAGUUGAGCUUAUGACACUGGAGUUAGUGGAUUUCUGAGAAGUAAUUUGCACUUUGAUAGUAAAUGUGCAAAUAAGUUUGGGGUAAGCUGAUUGGUGGUUAAACUUGUCCAUUUCUUUUAUUGAACAAAGUUUGUACUGUGCCACAGAAAGCAGUUUCAUUCUGGAUAAGCUUGGGCUGAAGAAACUUAAAUAUCUUGUUGAUCUUUCUAUUUCAGUUAAUUGAGGUAAUGCCAAAAUACUGUACUGGGGCAUACUCUUCCAUCUGUAUACACAUGUAAAACCUCACUGGCAUAACAGAAGUUAGAUGUGUGGUGAUGAGAGACCAGCCCUGAUAAAUGAUAUAGUUUGAUACCUUUUUUUACCUCAAAGCUGGAAAGUGUUUGGAAUUUUAUGAUUAUAGUAGCACUAACAUAUCAGUAUUGCCCACAUUGGAUAGUUUUCGGAAUUCUCCUGAAAUCUUAUUUUGCAUACAGUUUUAGAGCAAAAUACUUAUGGGUGGGAAAAAUGCUAAGAUUAAGUAUUCUUUUAUAACUGUAGAUCUUAAUUUCAGAAUUUCCACAUGGUAACUCUAGUAGGCCAAUUUUGUAAGUACUACGACCCAAUUCUACACAUUUAAGGAUGUAUAUACAUGUAAGUGAGUAACCUCACUGACCACUCUCAUAAGUGAGGUUAAGGGCACCCUUAAGUGUUAUCUGGAAUGUGGCCCAAAUCUUGCAAAGGCAUUUGGCUGGACACUCUUCCUGUGACUUUCUAAGAAUUGCUCUGCAGUUUGAUACAGACAAAAUCUGAUCUGUACACAUUCUGAAAUAUUUUGUUUAAAUGUGUAUAGUAAAUCUGUAUCCUUCUGCAGACAAAUUUCUGUACUUAGAAACAGUGGUGGUUAUUUUUUGUGGGCUUUUUAAAUACUUUUGCUCUCCAUUUAAAAAGAAUUGCCAAAAAUGUCAAACCUUGGGUACCUGAAGUUAGUCUUAAAUUCUUCUACCUAACUAGAAGUAGCUUGAAUUAGGUUCCUAAGUGUGGGUUUUAAGACCCAACUUUAGAGUAGGCUUGAAAAUUUUUAUCCAGUGUUAUCAGUGUAGUUUCACAAAUGUUAAAAAUAUCUUUAGGCAAUAUAAAAUUAAUCUUGUAUUCAUCAGUCAGAAAUUACCAAUUGCCAUUUCUAGUGUGAAUUUUUAGGUGGUUAUUUUUUUGUUUUGUUUUUAAAACACUUCCAUGGAAGUUUUGCACUGAAGUUUCACAAUUUCCAACUUCUUGAUUGCUUUUUCUUUGUAUUCUGUAUUUUGUUGGCAAUUGGUCCUACUUAUACUAAAAAUUUCACGAGCUGUAUUGUUGAUUUAUUCUUCAACAUAAGAUUUUUGUACAUCUUGUACAUCACAGAUUAAAAGAAUUCCCUAUCAUCCAAAUUUGAUUGCUCUAGUUAACGAUGAAUGGCACAGUUUAUUUAUAAACAAAACAAGAAUUAUUUUUAAAAAUGUAAACAUUUUUAAAACUAGAUGGAAGUGUUAAAUUAGAACUCAUGCAAAAUUAAGAGAAUAUUAAAAAUUUAACAAAGCCGCUGAUCUAAAUGAAAUCCAUCAUGUAUUUUGAAUUAAGUUAAAUACAGCUUGAUGUUCACAUGUAAUGCUUAAAAUUUCACUUUUUUGCUAAACUAAGAUGCUUGGAAUCAAGAUUGCAUUCUUCUCAGCUGAGCACUGCUGGAGUGGUUAUGUUAAAGCUAAAUGUUGGUGCUAUAAAUUCUCAGUUGUUUACAGAAAUUACUGAUUCUGCUUAUACUCCAAAGUGUGCAUGAGCUAUUUUAAUUGGUACUCCUUUUAAGAAACAAACAAAAAAAACUAUACAAAAUUUAUUACCACCUAGCAUAAAUGUAUUUGUAUUGGUUAAUGUAAAUUACACUCCAUUUACCAUUCAUUCAGAUGGGGAUGGUUUGGAAUUCAGACCAAGGUAUACUCACAGAAAUAGUUUUAAACAUUGAAUGUUUGAAUUCAGCCUACAUGACAGCUUGGUGACAUUGUGGUUGUGAAUCAGGGACUCCAGAUUAUUAUAGGAGCUGUGGUUCUUUUUGCUGCCCAAACUAAAUACCUUUAAAUGCUUUCCAGAAAUGGAGGGUUUGGGCUGGUGUGAGGAAAAGUGGCUUCUUGCUACUCAGGCCUCCCAAGACACGAGAGAGAUGUCAUGUUCUUCUAGAAAUAGUUUUUGGAGGUUCAAGAAGAAGAAUGUCUCUAGGUUUUGAAACUCCUUAAAAUUAUGACUGGACACGCUACUGUGAAAGAAGAUCCCCAUACUCCAGGUGUCAGGGAGAGGGAAACAGGCAUACCAUAGAAUAUUUGUUUGCAUUUGUUGUCUUUAUUUCACUACCUUUUGUGAAUAAAGCACAU